AUGCCAGGCGACGGGGCCUCCAGCUCCGCAGCGCCGGUGGCCGGUGGCCGGGGCAGAGGAGGAGGAGGAGGCGGCGGCGGCGGCGGCGCGUCUUCCAAGGCGUCGGCAAGCUCCGCGAAACCCCAGAUCCUGACCUUUUCCCUGAACGAGCGCCCGCGCGCCACCAGGGCCAGCCAGCCAAAGGCCCGGACCGGCUGCAAAACAUGCAAGAGGAGGCAUGUCAAGUGCGACGAGACCAAGCCGGCUUGUCUCCGCUGCGUCAAAUGGCAGGGCUUCUGCGAGGGCUACGAGCACCUCGCGGCCCCAGCGGCUGGAAAUGAAGGGGCCGCGACAGGCGGCAAGCAGCGCCGGUCCAAGAAGGACGUAGCAGCCGCAUCCACCGCCACUAAAGACCACUCGGUCGUGGUCUGGCAGCCAACCGAACACCAGGGCAUGUAUGCCCAGGACCCAGAUAAGAUAUACUUUGACCACUGGCUGCAGCUGUCCGACAUACUGGACGGCAGCUGGUUCGGCUCCGACCUGUGGACCCGCACCAUCCCCCAGCUAAGCCGUACCGAUCCCACCCUGCGGUAUGCCUCGAUGGCCAUUGGCGCCCUGUCCCAGGCCAUGGCCAUGGUGCCGCAGUCCAGAAGCACGCCCCGGACCGGAGUGGGCUCGCCAUGCUGGAGCCAGGCCAGCAAUGGCGCCCUCGUUACCCACUCACGCCACUACCGGGACGCUGUGGUCUAUUACGGCCGGGCCCUGCGUCUAGCCAGUGAGCGUCGCCCCAACCAGGGCCCAAACCAAACCCUUGGUCAAACCCGGGAACAAGCACAGGCAGCCCAGACGCAGAUGCUGUUGCAGGGCGGCCACCAUGCCGAGGACGCCCUGCGCGCCACUGUCCUUUCCUGCAUCCUCUUCCUGUGCUUUGAGACCAUCCACGGCAACCGCCCGGCCGCACUCAGACACUUGAUCUAUGGCGGCCGGGUCGUGGCCUCGUGGGUGGAGUCGUGCUUUGUCAAACAGCUGAUCAAGAUGGGCAUGCUGCCCUCGCCGCCCCAGUCGGUCGCAUCAUCUCCUCCUGCGGCGGAAGAGUCCGCAGAGGCUACGGGGACUGCGGUGACUGCAGAGACCACAGAGACUGCAGAGACUGCAGCCGGCAAUGGGAACGGCGAGGCAACACCGAAAGAGAUGCCUCUUCCCGUUCUUGGCACCUCGCCCGACCCCUAUGUACUCCAGGACGAGGUGCUGCAAGUGUUUCAGCGACUGGACUGCCAGUGUAUCGCGGCCGGGCUGCGGGUCGAAUUUGAGGAAGACCAAGAAUCCUUCAGGGACCUGCACCCACAGUCGAUAUCUAGGACCGCCUACGUCAUGCGCAACAUAUCGCGUCGCGCUUUUCCCAAUAUUGCAGAGGCGCGGCGCAAGUGGGACACCAUAUCGCACUGGCUCAUCAAGAUAGAGCAGACGAUCAAGAUGCACAGCGUGCCCCUAUCGACCAGGGAGGAAAAGUAUAUCCCUAAGAAUGCCAACCUAGUUGAUGAGGGUCCUGUAGAAGGUCCUCUGGACAAAGCUGGUCACCCCCUCCUGGCCGGCCCCCGGUUUUCUCCCGAUCCUCCCUCGGCACAAAGCCCGAGCGACAGCCCCACGCCGCUCGAGGGCGAGAGCUACCUAGACUGGGACCAGCUCAAUAUGGACCUUCUCGGCUCGUUCGGGGCGGCCUGGGCUCCGCUGUACCGGCGCAUUCUUCACGAGUACGAGGCGGCCCUCACCAGCGGCGAUGGUGUCCCAUCGGCCGACGCGACAUCAGCCAUGCUCCAGGCGGCCAACGUCCAGGCCCAGUACCACCUCUCGCGCAUGUGGGCUCGAUCGCGCGGAUUCGCGGACCUGACGGCGGUGCGGGCCAUGACGCCAGACUUCCGCGAGUACUGUCGGCUGGGCGAGCUGCUGUUGCGCGGGCGCGCGGGCGCCAACUUCACCAUGGACUACGGGCCGACGCUGGGUCUGUACCGGACGGCGUUGGCCUGCCGCGACCCCGCAGUGCGCGAGCGCGCCAUCCGGCUCCUCGAGGAGUACCCGCAGCGCGACGGCUUUUUGGACAGCCGCGCCCUCGUGGCGGCCAUGCGGCUGUCACAGGAGGUCGAGGCCGAGAACGCGGUCGAGGGCACCACCGAGGAGCAGUGGGCCAGGCUCAAACGGCGCCGCUAUGUCUUCGACGAGCGGUUGCCCAUCCUCACAUUUACGUGUGUGCGCAGGGAUUGGCACGCGGGCAGGUGGGUGACACGCGACCAUAUUUUCCGCUGGUAG